UGUGUCCUGAAAUCGAAAGCACCCGCGUUGUCUUAAAAGCUUCCCGACAGAAUGCGCAACCUCGUGGGGCCCCCGCCGUGUGUUAACGAGAGUCCGCGAAAUACGGUGCCCCCCAGAUUAAUGAAUAUAGUUAGCACAGUUUGAACUAAAUGCUUCAAUCAUGAGUAACGUAGCAACUAUAAAAUUGGAAGAAGGACAAGAAUCUGUCACUGAGAUACAAACUUACUUGGAGACAUUUAAUAAAGAGAUAGAAGGAGGACAGGGAGAACAACUACAGCAUGUGCAAUUACAACAAGUGGAGGGACUUUCUGGUGGAGAGGAAGGUGGAACGUAUUUUGUUGAUCAAUCUGGUCAGUAUUAUUAUCAGGCAAAUAGUGACGAAACACCUGUAAUGACACAGGUACAGAUACAGGAAGUAGAAGAGACUGAUGUACAGAAUGAAGGUGAAGGAACUCAGGAUGAACAAUAUCAGGAGAUUGAAGAACUUGAGAAUGCUGAAGGUGAUGAAGAUGGACAAACCAAUGGUGAAACCAAUCAAGUUGUAAUUAAUUCUGGCGAUGCAUAUCAGACUGUCACGAUUGUACCAUCUGAUACAAAUCCUGGAGAAGUCAGUUACGUUCUGAUAGUUCAACAACCUGAAUCCGAAGAAAAGGAGAGUAAACCUACGGAAGAUGAAACAACAACAAUGGCAGCAACAGCGGCAACAGCCGAGGGAGAGGAAGCAGAAGGUGAACAAGAUCUCACUGUGUAUGAUUUUGAAGACAAUGAGGACAAUGAAGCCCCAGUAGAAUCCGAGGCAGAAGAUGAUAAGACUAAAAUUAUUAAGUUUCUCCCUAAAAAAUCUCAAACUGUGACACAAGCUCAUAUGUGCAAUUACUGCAACUAUACUAGCCCAAAACGGUAUCUCUUAUCACGACAUAUGAAAUCUCAUUCAGAAGAAAGACCUCAUAAAUGUAGUGUUUGUGAACGAGGAUUUAAAACUUUAGCUUCACUUCAGAAUCAUGUCAACACUCAUACUGGGACCAAGCCUCAUCAUUGCAAAUAUUGUGAGAGUGCAUUUACCACUUCUGGUGAACUUGUAAGACAUGUUCGAUACAGACACACUCAUGAAAAACCACAUAAAUGUCAUGAAUGCGAUUAUGCAUCUGUUGAGUUAUCAAAAUUGAAAAGACAUAUUAGAUGUCAUACAGGCGAACGACCCUAUCAGUGUCCACAUUGUACAUAUGCAAGUCCAGAUACAUUUAAACUAAAACGUCAUCUUCGCAUUCACACUGGAGAAAAACCAUAUGAAUGUGAUUUCUGUCAAGCGAGAUUUACUCAAUCCAACAGUUUGAAAGCACAUAAAUUGAUACACAAUGUAGGCGAUAAACCAGUAUUUCAAUGCGAAUUAUGUCCAGCUACAUGUGGCAGAAAAACGGAUCUUAGAAUUCAUGUGCAAAAGUUACAUACUUCUGAUAAGCCGUUAAAAUGUAAACGUUGUGGAAAAACAUUCCCAGAUAGAUAUAGCUAUAAGUUACAUAGCAAAACUCACGAAGGAGAGAAAUGUUAUAAAUGCGAUCUAUGUCCUUAUGCAUCUAUAUCAGCACGUCAUUUGGAGAGCCAUAUGCUUAUUCAUACUGAUCAGAAACCGUAUCAAUGUGAUCAUUGCUUUCAAUCAUUUAGACAAAAACAAUUACUUAAACGGCAUUGCAAUCUUUAUCAUAAUCCCUCUUAUGUUCCUCCACCACCACAAGAAAAAACGCAUCAAUGCCCCGAAUGUGAAAGGGCAUUUAGACAUAAAGGUAAUCUUAUUCGACACAUGGCUGUUCAUGAUCCAGAAUCAUCUCUGCAAGAAAAACAACAAGCUCUUAAAAUCGGUAGACAAAAGAAAAUUCAAAUCAUUGACGGCCAACGUGUUGAAGUAAUGACAGGUGAUUUAGCUUCUAAACUUAAAGGUUAUGAAGAUGAAGAAGAGGAAGAAGAUGAAGACGAUAUGAUGGCGGUUCAAGGCAGUGAUGGUCAGCAAUAUGUUGUAUUAGAAGUGAUUCAAUUAGCGGACAAUCAGGGAACUGAUCAGAUGGCUGUUGUUGCAAGUGAAGAUGGAGAGUUAGUAAUGCAAGAUCCUUUAACUCAAGAAAAUAGUUUAGUGACAGCAACAGGAGAGGAAGUUGAUGAAGCAGAUGAAGAUAUAGAAAUGAAAGAUCUAAAAAUUGAACCUCCUACUCCAUCUAAAUCUUCGACGCAAAGCUCACAAAAUGAUUCUAAGUUACAAAAAGAAAUGGAAACUUGUUUCGGAUUUGAUGAAGAGGAAGAAGAAGAAGAAAGCGCUAAUAAUAUAAACAUGCUACAUACAAUUUCGUAAUAACAAAUAUAAGAAAAAAAUGUACCUAUUCACAAUAGUUCAAUGUUUUACUUCUGUCCCAGUGUUAGUGUAAUGUAUCCUAAAAUACAAAAUAAGGAAAAUUAGACAAAAGCCAUAAAAGAACAUUUGAUAAUUUUCCUUAUUUAGAUUGUAUAUCUAAUUAUACUUAAUUUUUAAAACAAAAAUUAUUGAAGUCGAAGAAACUAUAUAUAUUAUAUAUAGAUAUAUAUAUAUAUUGUGUAUAAUAAAACUGUGAAUGCAGUGUACUAUCAUCUAAAAAUAUUUUGCAUAGCUCUAGUAAGGGGCUACAGUGUGUGAUUCACAUGCAUGGUACAAGAACUUUUUUUGCCGUUAGUAUAUUAGGUACACAAUAAUUUAUGAAAAUAUUAUAGUCUUGUGGUUUAGCAAAGUAUCAAGUAAACAAUUGUACAAUUAUGAUACUGUAAAAUAUGAUUUACGUUACUGAAAACUUAAUAAUGACAUUAACAAAGUUAGAUAAGAUUGCGUAUGUUAAUAAGGAAAAAUAUCUUAGCAUAAUAUUUUUAAACAACCUUAUUUAUAACUUUGAUGUAGAAGCGCUCGUUAUAACUUUUACUAGAUGUAUGCAACUAAUAUCAGUUCCGAACAGUUUAGGAUAGUUUAUAAAGCUGAAACUAACACAAAAAUAAUACGAGGCUGCAAUGUAAAUAAAUGCUUAUCAUUGUAUCUCGAUAGAAAUCAUUUUACAGUUUUAGCGUGAACAGAAGAUAUCAAGAAGGAAAUAAUGAGUUUAAUUAUAUAUUGAAAGUAUUUUAUAUUGUCUACUAUAGUUAUUUUUUCUUAUAUUAAAAGGCCGGGAAGUAAUAGAAAGGAUUGUGAAUUACAAGUUGUAAUACACUGAUUUCAUAAAAUAAUGCAUACAGAAAAAGUAUUUUUAUUUAUAAUUGAAAAAACACAUUUUAUUAAAAGGAACGGUAUAACGAUUUUUUAUUCUUGAUUAAAACAUUUUUUUGUUUGCAGCAUUAAUUAUAUGAAAAUAGCUUAUGUGUAACAUAAGCAAAUUUCUAUGUGUAUAUCACGAUAGUGUAUUAAAUACGUAUAUAUACGUAUAUAUACAUAUAUAUUUAUAUAUGUUAGAAUGUUUUAUAAUAACACAAAUACAUAGAGUAAGGUAGAGUAAGGCUAUUUUGUUUCAACUUUUUCAAAACUUAUAAAAAUUUGCAGAAAAAAGUGUGUUUUUGUGUAAUAUACUUAUAAUUACAUUAUACAAAUAUGAUUGUUUUUUUUGUAGUGUAAGCGUGAUCUUUAAACGUUAACGAAUAUGUUUAAACAUAUUACUAUUUAAAUAUAAACAUUUUUGUUGAUUAUGAAUAGACUGGCCACACUCUAUUCGAAGCUUAUGUUUAUGCUAUUAUAAAAUAUUUUAAUGAAUAUUAAUAUAAAAUUAUUGAAAGUUAUUUCAUACACAUAUUAUACUAAAAAAUCUUUGAUAUAUAUAUGCUAAAUAUAUAUAACUGUUUAAUCACAACCUCGCACCGUAGUAUUUCCAGUUUAAUUUAGGGCAUGAUGUUAUUUGAUGAAAAAAAAA